GGUGAACUCCCACCCUCUUUCCACCCGUUUACUUUUAUAAAACUUCCCAGUCGUUCGCUGCUCUUGUGUUUGUCUUGAGACGAUCUGUCAGCAUGUGGACGGCUCUUACGAACUUAGAUCUGGCCGCUGUAUGCCUGGCUCUGAUUCUGGGCAUGAUCUUUAUGGUUCUGUUUGAGAUCUUCAGGAUCAUUUCACGCAGUAAUCAAAUCCCACCUGGUCCCAAACCUCUGCCUUUUUUGGGAGUGUUACCACAGCUUAUAAAGAAGCCGAUGGAGUUCAUAAGAUCGGUGUCUCAAUAUGGCGAGAUGUCUACUUUGUAUAUCGGAAGGAAGCCGACAAUAGUCCUAAAUACAAUCGAAGUCAUUAAGGAAGCAUUGGUUCAGGAGGCUUUUUCUGGAAGACCAUCUAUGCCUCUUAUAGACUGGAUAACUAAUGGACUUGGUAUUAUAGUAGCUAAGUUUGGUCACUCCUGGAGGCAGCAGAGACGUUUUGCUCUGCACACGCUCAGGAAUUUUGGCCUGGGGAAGAAAUCAGUAGAAGAUCGCGUGUUAGAAGAAAGCCGCUAUCUGAUUGCUGAAAUGCUUGAAGCAGAAGGCAAGUCUAUGAACCCCCAUCAUGCCAUACAGAAUGCAGUUUCUAACAUUACCUGUUCCAUCGUGUUUGGAGAUCUUGACUAUGAUAACAAACGCUUUUCAUACCUUCUGAAAAUCUUGAAUGAAAACUUUGUGCUCGCUGGGUCGGCUGCAGGACAGGUUACUAUCUUAGAUUUUCAACUUAGCCCCGUCAUCAAGCUUCCUGGCCCGCACCAGAAGGUCAUGCAGAACUUCACAGAGUUAUUGGGUUUCAUCCGAGAUGAAAUAAAAGAACACAAGGAAACUCUGGAUCCAGACAGCCCUCGAGACUUCAUUGAUGCCUACCUGCUGGAGAUCGAGAAACAAAAGUCCAACGAGGACUCCACGUUUCAUGAGGAGAACAUGGUCAUGUCAACAGCUGACCUGUUUGUGGCUGGAACCGACACCACAUCGACCACCAUCAGAUGGGGACUCAUCUUCUUGAUUCAAAACCCAGAUGUACAAGAGCGAUGUCACGAGGAGAUUGUUGGUGUUCUGGGAUACGACCGUCUGCCCAGCAUGGAUGACCGUGAACGACUACCGUACACAUACGCCACUGUCCACGAGAUUCAGCGUUGUGCCAACAUUGUACCUUUAGGAGUCGUUCAUGAAACCACUCAGCCCACAAAACUACGAGGAUACGACAUUCCCCAGGGAACUAUGAUCAUGACAAACCUAGAUGCAAUUUUUAGCAAUAAGGAGCACUGGAAGCAUCCAGACGCCUUUAACCCGGAGAAUUUCUUGGAUGAGAACGGCAGCUUCUUCAAACCAGAGUCUUUCAUCCCCUUCUCACUCGGUCCGAGGGUCUGUCUCGGGGAGACUCUGGCGAGGACGGAGCUCUUCUUGUACAUCACCUGUCUCCUACAGAGGAUUCAUUUCUCCUGGCCGCCCGAGCCGCAGUCCAUCCACAUGGAUGGGAUCAUUGGUAUCGUACGCUAUCCUCAAAACUUCAACAUCGUCUGCCGUAGCAGAGAUACCAAAGAGUGACCAUCAGUAACCCCAAACCCAUAGACAUCUUCAUGUCAACAACAAAGCUGCUGAAACACACAAAACCAUCUUGGCUCAUCUAAUUCAUUGUGUAUAAUCUGUUAUAUAGAACAUUAUAUACAUUAACUGUUUGAUUACAGUAACAAAAAUUAUUUAUUACCAGUUGUUACGGCAUCAGUAGACGCUGAUGCAUUUUAAUAGUUAUAAACAUUUAAGCAUAGCUAUAAUUGUGUUUAUGCGAUCAAAAAUUAACCGGUUGAUCACACAUUUUAUUAGAAUCACUGUAGUAUGAAUUGUAUGUUAUUGUGUAGUACAUGUAUACACAUACGUAUAUGAUUUGUAUAGUGAAGUGUUGCUUAAAUUGAAAAACUGUUAUCAAA